AGCUUAAUCCACGCGUACUUUACAAUUUCUGAAUCAACCAACUCUGCACAGUGCAGACCCCCUUCUCUCUCUCUCUCUCUUUCUCUAGAUCUCUCUUACUUGUGUCCUUUCUGUAUCAAAACAACAUGGUACAGUCAAAGAAGUUCAGAGGCGUCAGGCAGCGACACUGGGGCUCGUGGGUUUCUGAAAUCCGGCACCCAUUGUUGAAGAGAAGGGUGUGGCUAGGGACCUUUGAGACAGCUGAGGAGGCAGCACGAGCCUACGAUGAGGCAGCAGUUCUUAUGAGUGGCCGGAAUGCCAAGACCAACUUCCCCGUCGUCAGGACUCCCGACGGCGAUGCAAAGACCGGUGAUGAUUCUUCCCCUUUGACUACAACGACGACUACUGCUUCAAGCAGCCUAUCGGCGACACUUAGUGAGAAGCUCCGGAGGUGUUGCAAGACUCCAUCUCCUUCCCUCACUUGUUUGAGGCUUGAUACUGAGAAUUCCAAUAUUGGAGUGUGGCAGAAGCGAGCUGGGUCACAUUCUGAAUCGCAUUGGGUUAUGACAGUUGAGUUAGGGAAGAAGAAGAACAUUCCACAAGUUAUCUCUCAAGCAUCAUCAUCUACUUCGAUAGACAUGGCUCCGGCGAUACCCGGGACGGAGGAAGCCGGAGAGGGGAUUGAGGAAGAGGAUAGGAUUGCAUUGCAGAUGAUAGAAGAGCUACUUAAUAGAAACUGUCCUAGCCCCUCCAUCUCUCAUCAGGGGGAUCUCCAAGGAGAAGAGGGUACUGAAUUCCUUGUGUAGUAGUAGGUUAUCUUGAGCAUUUAUCUUUCAUGUUCAUGUCUUUCAAUCUUCUCCACCAUGGCUGUUGAUUUAGGUAAAAACCCUCAGCUGAACUUGUGUGUCUAUUCUAGACUAUAGUAGCUUGGUACAUAAAUCUAUUUGACAAAGGGAUAUAAUAAAACUAAAUUGCUCUAAGCAGUUUCCUUCCA